AUGCCGGAAUCAAUCAUCAACGACACAGACCUGGCCCUCGACCGCCACGACGGCAACAUCUUUGUGGUUACGCUGCGCAAGGCCCCCGAGAAUAGACUGAACAGCGCUUAUUGCCAGAAGCUCAUCAACGCUUACAACACGGUCAGACGACUGCUCGGUACAGACAGCGAAGGUGCUGUCAUCACGAAAGGCAACGAUGCGAAGUUCUGGUGCACAGGCCUGGAACUCGAUGAGGCAGACACCAACCCGCACGCCAACUCAGAAGGCUUCUUCCCACUUCUUGCCACGCUUGUCGACUUUCCGUUCCCAACCAUAGCAUGUAUCACUGGUCACACGUUCGGCGGCGCUGGACCCUUCGCAUUGAGCCACGACUACCGUGUGAUGAACAGUAAGCGAGGCUUCUUCUCAAUGCCGCCUGUGAACCUCGGUCUCCAUUUUCCCGGAAUCGGCGCCCUGAUUCGGCUCAAGCUACACCCCAAGGUUGCUCGCAAGAUGCUGCUUGAAGCUCACCGCUGGACGGGAGAGGAAGCACUCAAGGACGGCAUCGUUGACGCUAUCGCCGAGCCGGCUAACAUGUUCGAUGAGGCUCUCAUGAUCGCUCGUCAAUGGGCGCCAAAGGCGAAAAUGGGAGUUUACUCGCUCCUAAGAAACGAACUGUACGGCGAGGCAGGUAAAGCAUUCCGUGAAAUAUCCUAUAGGACGACGCCCAAGGAUCGCCCGGCUAAAGCAAAGAUCUGA